AUGCGAUCACAAGAGAUCGGACCCGUCUCGAAGUGGGUGGAUGAUCAUGUCUUCCUUCGCAUCCUCCGCAAAUUCCUCUCUGAGUAUAAUCAGAAGCGAGCCGCAUGGCGAGAGAGCAUCGAAGCACUUGGCGGUCGACACCACACUGGCGGGCAGCACUGGUUUGGGGGCGGCCUACUAUCUGACGGGCGCACUGACGAGUUUGAUGAUGACAUGGCUUGGCCUCUGCUCGAUCUUUCCCAACAGUCAUCAUGCCCACCAAAGGAUGCGAAGUUCACAUACUACAUUGCCGACAUUGACACCAUCUCCACACGCCUCAGCAUCCCAUGGAAACUCGAGAAAGACAUUCCUUUCAGCUCCUGUUUUCCUUUCACAGGCUUCAUAUGGGACCUCGAAGCACGUACAGUGGCUAUACCUCUAGCGAAAGCAGCCAAGUAUCUGGCAGCCAUCGAGGAGUGGUCACUUUUGCGCACGCACACCCUACAAGAGGUACAGAAGCUCCACGGGAAACUGCUGCAUGCCUCUUUGGUGGUCCCAGCAGGCUGCGCUUACCUCACCAACUUGGAAGCCAUGCUUGGCAUCUUCAGUGACAGUCCUUUCAAGCCUCAUACCCCCCCCCCUCAGGAACUCCCGGAGAUCUCGUAUGGUGGACAGGUACGUUAUCCAAACCCAUCAUCUCACGGCCCAUCCCAGGGCCUUGCAUACUGGCUGACAUUGGUGCCUUCUCCGAUGCAAGCUCAGAUAUUGGCAUCAGCAUCAUCAUUGGGGGCCACUGGCAUGCAUGGCGUCUCCUCCCAGGUUGAAACAAAGACCGGCGAGAUAUCGGAUGGGCUGAAGCUGUCAGUUUUGAAUUCCUCAUACGCAUCCUCCUUUGCUUCCCCUCUGCCCACCAUCACCUCAAGGUCUAUGGAGACAACAAGGAAGUCAUCGAAGGCUGGUGGAAUGGCCGUAGCCGCAAUGCACAAAUCAAUGCCAUCUUCCGUCGUCUCUAUACCUUUCUCGAGCCCACCGGCUGUUCGAUCUACACUCAGUACAUCACAAGUGCAGCCAAUCCUGCUGAUAAACCAUCACGUGGAAGCUACCCUCCAACCCGAUAUCUCCUUCCCCCCAUCCCGAUACCUACCGAGCUCCACCCCUUCAUCAUUGACUUCGAUGCACCCGCAACUAGUGCUGAACUUCACCUUCACUGACAAGAACAGUACCCUCGCCCUGCUGCCAAGACUAACAUCGACUGCACAGCAGUGGAGCAGGCUGCAAUCAACUUUGAGCGAGAUCGGCAGACCGAUGAACUCCUCUGGAGGGACUCGUACUGGGAUGACUAAGCAUCACAUGGAUGUUCCUCUACCCCCUCGCGAUGAAAACCUUUCAGACCCACAGCCCUACAGAACAGGUCUCAUUCCCAGACCAUCUCCGCUGUGCCCACACUGCUUAGCACGUCACCGUCUGCUUCUCUGGCGCCCCCCAUCAUCCCGUCGUCCAAUCGACCAUAAUGGCAUGCCCGUCUCACUCAGCAAUGCAGACGUUCAGCGGAUACAAGACGUUGCUGCAUUUGCAUGGUCUGACAACACCACAGAGAACUAUGGAGCAGGUCUGCUCGUUUUCCAUGUUGCAUGUGAUGUGAAACUCAUCCCGGAGGAACAACGUGCACCAGCAAGCUCAAUUCUCAUGUCUUCUUUCAUCACAACACUGGCUGGUGCAUAUUCUGGCAAGACCAUUGCUGGUUAUUUCUAUGGUGUGCGUGCCUGGCAUAUCCUUCAUGGACUUCCCUGGCUCAUGAAUAAAGCCGAGACCGACAUCCUCCUGAAGUCUGCAGACGUGCUAACUCCUAGUACUUCAAAGUGCACCUCACGCCAGCCUCUUAUGACUGAGCAACUCCUUCACCUGCAUGGUCAGUUCAAGCUCAGUGACCCUUUCGACACCGCAGUCUGGGCUUGUCUCACAACAGCCUUUUACGCAGUUGCGAGAAUUGGUGAGGUCACUGUCCCCAAGCUCACAGCUUUUGACGGUGCCCGCCAUGUCAAGUGA